AUGGAUUUUAAUGGACAGUUUUAUGAUACACCAAUCAUCCUAGGGAGACCAUUUUUGCAUACAGCAAAGAUGAAUAUUGAUUUUCCCACAGGUAUUGCGAAAAUUUCAUGUGGAGAUCAAUCAGUAAAAAUUAAAAUUUUUGAGGUAUCAAAUGAUCUUAAGAAAUCCCAAGUAUAUGAUUGUCAUACCAUAGAUCUUCUAGAUGAUUUUGAUGAUCCAGAUGUUAUUGAUGACUGUGUGCUAGAAGAAUUAGAGGAAAUAGAGAAUAUAAAUUUAGAAGAAAAGAAAGAGGAAGAUCAUCUGAAUUUAGAGUUGAAACCUCUUCCCUCUAGUUUAAAAUAUAUGUUUUUGGAAGAAAAUAAUUCAUUUCCUGUUAUUAUUGCAGCUGAUUUGAGUAAUGAACAAGAAGAAGAAUUAUUAGAUGUACUUCGAAAAAAUAAGAAGGCUAUGGGCUGGAAAAUGGACGAUCUAAGGGGCAUUGAUAUGAGAGUAUGCAUGCAUAGUAUAUAUCUAGAGGAGGGGGCUAGAACUAGCAGGAAACCACAACGAAGAUUAAAUCCUAACAUUAUGGAAAUUGUAAAAAAAGAAAUUUUAAAGUGGCUGGCUGCUGAUAUUAUUUACCCUAUUUCAGAUAGCAAAUGGGUUAGUCCUACACAAGUAG